UUUCAAUUUCCGAACAUCUGUCAGGACUCAGUGGCGACCCACCCAUGGAGCGGGAUCCGGGAUCUGCGUGCUCCUUGGACGAAGGACGAAGGACGACGGGCACCACCAGACUAUUUUAUUUCUUGCCCAUUUUCAUUCCGGGACUCUCAGGAGUUUGCCGGCGGAAUAUCCAGAAACACAUGGCGUUACCAUAAGGGGCUUUCAUCUAUCUAUAGAGGCUGCUUCAGCCUAGGGCUUUCAUUGCGUUCUUGGCCUCAAGGCUCUCUUCUUUAAACUUUCUGGGCUUUUUCGACUUUGCGGAUGUCGUCCAGAACACCCUACCAACGACUCUCGGACGAGCUCUCUGACGUGGAUGCACGAAAUCUUUCAGGAAAGGUCACCUUUGAUCGCAACCGGCCAAAGGGAUCUGGUGCAUUUGGUGAUGUGUACGAGGGCACUUACCGUGAAAGCUCAUCCCCCAAUAAAUAUGUCUGCGUUAAAGUCUUGAAGAUCGUUCGGAGCUUCGAGCAACCAGUGUUUAGAAAGGGCCUUCGACGAAUCAAGCGUGAAAUGAAGGUGUGGUGCAAUUUAAGUCACCCGAACAUCGUCGUGUUUCAUGGGUGGAUGUUGGAGGAAGAUGACGAUGUCAUUCGUGCGAGCUUGAUUUCAGCGUGGUGUGACGGAGGAGACGUGAAAGCGUACCUUCACGAGCACCCAAAUGCGGAUCGGAAUAGAUUGGUUCUUGAUGUUGCAACGGGACUGGCCUAUCUCCACUCGAAAGGGAUCAUUCACGGUGAUGUUAAAUCGAGUAAUAUUGUUGUGACAUGUGUGGACGAGACUGCCAAGUUGUGCGAUUUCGGACUGUCGUCCAUCCUUGGUGACAUUACUACAUAUGCGCAAUCGACGAGCGCCCAUGGAACAAUUCGCUUUGUAUGUCCGGAGCUAUUGGAUGGUACUUCGGAGGGACGCAAUAAAAUGAGCGAUGUCUGGGCAUUCGGAUGUGCGUCCAUGGAGAUAGUGUGCGACAAGCCCCCGUACGACUGGGUACGGUACGAAUUCCAAAUUCCAGCGGUUGCUCCCUCGGCACUUCCAUAUAAGCUGGAUAAUCCAGAUGCUAUUUCUGAAUGUAUUCUCGGCUGCUUUUCACGCUCACCCGGUGAUCGGCCCAUUAUGAGCGACAUUACAGCGAAGCUUCGCCCAUUGCUGUACUUGAAGAACCUUCCGCAUCUGCGUAUGUUAGACAAUUUACCACGCAUCUGGCGAUAUAUGCCAAAUGACGACAUUCCUGAUCUUCGUGCCGAGUUCGAGAAAUUAGUGCCAUCUUCGCUUCAGUCUAUGUGCUGCGAUUGGCAUAGCACAGUAUGUCAAUCCAAGCGUGGUGACAAGGGAGUGCUCGUUGCCCUGGGGGAAGCUGUUCCUGAGUUGCUCCACUGGGUUGCCGCCAUGGGGAUCAUGGGCAAAGUCGAUGAAGUUCUGAGAGGCUUACAUGAUUUAGGAGGAUGGGCAGGUGACUCGCCACUCCAAGCAAUUUUUCACUCGUUGUACAGGAUGAUAUCCCAGUCGCGUGCCGCGAUCAGUGCAUGCUCACUAUCUGUUCUGGCUGAUUCCCAUCCUUUUCUGCCGACAAGCUCUGUAUUGCAGUCGACAUUUCCCCUGUUAUUCGACCAACGCCGUCACGCAAUAAUCACCGGAAUGCCCGCCAAGUCGGACGCAUGGUCUCCACUAGUCUCAGUAUUGAGACAUACCAGCCCCAUGUAUUGUGUAGCAUUCUCCCUUGAUGGGCGUCACUUGGCCUCGGCUUCCGAUGACAAGACAGUGCAGAUAUGGGAUGUAGCAUCGGGUACAGCUUCUGCUGUGCUCCGUGGGCACUCCGAUGCAGUGCAUUCCGUUGCAUUUUCAACGGAUGGGUGUUACUUGGCCUCGGCCUCCAAUGACAAGACGGUGCGAAUAUGGGAUGUUGCGUCGAGGACAGUUUCUGCUACGUUGCAUGGACAUACCAACUGGUUGUGUUGUGUAGCAUUUUCUCCAAAUGGGUGUCGCUUGGCGUCGGGCUCUGAUGUGAUGGUGCGGAUAUGGGACGUCGCCUCAGGGACAGCUAUGCUGCUCGAUGGACAUACCGAAGGUGUAAAGUCUGUAACAUUUUCGCAGGAUGGGCAUCGCUUAGCCUCUGCCUCUGAGGACAGGACAGUCCGCAUAUGGGAUGUUUCAAUGGGGACAGUUUCUGCCGUCCUCGCUGGGCAUGCGGACUGGGUGCACUUUGUAGCCUUUUCUCCGGAUGGAGGUCACCUAGCCACGGGCUCGUCUGAUAAUACGGUGCGGAUGUGGGAUGUUGCAUCAGGGUCAACUUCUGCGGUUCUCACUGGGCACACGGGCCUGGUGCAUUCCGUGGCCUUCUCCCCAGAUGGACGUCGAUUGGCCUCAAGCUCCUCUGACAAGACAGUGCGAAUAUGGGAUGUAGCGUCAGGGAUGGCUUGUGCUGUCCUCAGUGGGCAUGCCAACUGGGUGCGUUCUGUGGCGUUCGCCUCCGACAGUCGCCACCUGGCCUCGGCCUCAGAUGACAGGACAGUGCGGAUAUGGGAUGUUGCAUCAGUUGCGGAUGUUCAAUUGGUCAGCGGACAUUCCGAUGUGGUACAUUCUGUAACAGUCUCCCCAGAAGGGCACCGCUUGGCCUCGGCCUCUGGUGAUGGGACAGUGCGGAUAUGGGAUGUUGCAUCAGGGACAGUUUCUGCCGUUCUCACUGGGCACGCUGAUUGGGUGCAUUCGGUGGCAUUCUCCCCAGAUGGAUGCCAUUUGGCUUCCGGCUCCUUCGACGGAACGAUGCGGAUAUGGGAUAUUGCGUCAGGAACAACUUCCAAUGUGCUCAAUGGGCAUAUAUGCUUGGCGCGAUCCGUAUCAUUCUCCCCAGAUGGGCGCCAUUUGGUCUCGGCCUCCUCUGACGAGACGGUACGAUUAUGGGAUGUCAGGACGGGCGCUUGCCUGGGAAGGCAGUGGUUUCCCAACCUUGCAUCGGUCUCGUUCUCAAAUGAUGGGGCUUGUUUGGCCGUUCAUUCCAACCUCGAAGUGCAAUAUGUGCGGCCCUUGGCGUUGACAAAGAUGACGGCGUCAGAAGUCCAGCAGCACUGGUCUUCUAACACCGCUGCACUGGGCGUCAAGUAUACGUUGCAGGACCGCAGCCUCUGUGUGAAGCAUCAGGACGCAACACUUCAUAUUUGCUGGCUACCUGACUUUUUUGAAGCAAGCACGGCAGUCCAUUGUGAUAAAGAUAAGGUUUGUAUCGGUGGACGUGGAGGUGAGAUUAUUUUUGUGGAUCUAUCGGGGUUUGAAAUGCCCACGAUGUGACCAAUUGGAUUUGAGUGUUCCAUGUAUAGGGCUCAAACCAUGAAUUUUCGCGGCCUCGACCGCGGCCGCCGUCGCAAUCAAUAUCAUGACUUGUAGCAAUGUAAACUACGCGGGCAAAAUCCUUAUCGCAACGGAACGGCAAGAAAACCAACUCAAGUGUGCUUUUGUUCCAAACUAUCCACUCUCUGACUCUGACUCUGGCAUUGAGAAACAGCUUUGGCAGCAAACUUGGCAUCUUAAGAAUUAACCUUGGCGGUGAC